CCAACCCAGGGAGCGAACCCACUUCUCUUGCAUUGGCAGGUGGAUUAUUUACCAGAGCCACCGGGGAAGCCCAGUGCUCUCAGAACAAGGUCCAGACUCCUUAGCCUGGCACUCAAGAUCCUUUGCAACCUGGCCUCAUUUCAACCACGCCGCCCCCUCCCCAGGGAAGCCACAGGCAGGGCCAGGCGUUUUCUGAACACAGACACCCACAAAUCCCCCAGCUUGGGAAGCCUGCAGCUCCUCACCUCUGUUUAGGGAUGUCCCAUUGCUCUCUGCCCAAGGCCAUGUUCAGGCUCCCUUCUCUUUCGACCUUUCACCUCUCCAGCCUCUCCAGGGUUCCGCCCCUGGGCGGGGGAGGGGAGGCCCUGCCUGCCACCCCACCCCCCCAUUCCAGCCAGGGGCUCAGGUCUCCAACAACAGAACCAGAGCCACUCAGCAACGCUGGAACCCAUUCGGGGGGGCCUGGGGCCCCUCGUCCCAAGCCGGGAGGGCUUUGGGGGAGGGGUGCGGCCCCUGGCAGACUCACCGUGUGGCCCAGGGGUCUGGGGGUUGCCAGGGAGGUGGGGACGAACCUUGCAGGGCAAGGCACGAGUGAGGUCCUCUUUCCCCCACUGUGGGGGCCUCGGGGCCAGUGUCGGGGCGGGAGGCCUCGGAGGCAGAGCCUGUGGAACAGGGGUGGCGGCAGGGCGGCGUCCAGAGGCAGGGGCACCAUGGCCACCAUCCAGUCGGAGACUGACUGCUAUGACAUCAUCGAGGUGCUGGGCAAGGGCACCUUCGGGGAGGUGGCCAAGGGCUGGCGGCGAAGCACAGGCGAGAUGGUGGCCAUCAAGAUCCUGAAGAACGACGCCUACCGCAACCGGAUCAUCAAGAACGAGCUGAAGCUGCUGAGAUGCAUGCGGGGCCUGGACCCCGAGGAGGCCCACAUCAUCCGCUUCCUCGAGUUCUUCCACGACGCCCUCAAGUUCUACCUGGUCUUCGAGCUGCUGGAGCAAAACCUUUUCGAAUUCCAGAAGGAGAACAACUUCGCGCCCCUCCCCGCCCGCCACAUCCGCACGGUCACCCUGCAGGUGCUCCGGGCCCUGGCCAGGCUCAAGGAACUAGCCAUCAUCCACGCUGAUCUCAAGCCCGAGAACAUCAUGCUGGUGGACCAGACCCGCUGUCCCUUCAGGGUCAAGGUGAUAGACUUCGGCUCAGCCAGCAUAUUCAGCGAGGUGCGUUACGUCAAGGAACCCUACAUCCAGUCCCGCUUCUACCGGGCCCCCGAGAUUCUACUGGGGCUGCCCUUCUGCGAGAAGGUGGACGUGUGGUCCCUGGGCUGCGUCAUGGCCGAGCUGCACCUGGGCUGGCCCCUCUACCCAGGCAACAAUGAGUACGACCAGGUGCGUUACAUUUGUGAGACGCAGGGCCUGCCCAAGCCUCACCUGCUGCAUGCCGCCCGCAAGGCCCACCACUUCUUCAAGCGCAACCCGCACCCCGACGCCGCCAACCCCUGGCAGCUGAAGUCCUCGGCUGACUACCUGGCUGAGACCAAGGUGCGCCCACUGGAGCGCCGUAAGUACAUGCUCAAGUCGCUGGACCAGAUCGAGACGGUGAACGGAGUCGGGGCGGCCAGUCGGCUGACCUUCCCGGACCGUGAGGUGCUGGCGGAGCACGCCGAUCUCAAGAGCAUGGUGGAGCUGAUCAAGCGCAUGCUGACCUGGGAGUCGCACGAACGGAUCAGCCCCAGCGCCGCCCUGCGCCACCCCUUCGUGUCCAUGCAGCAGCUGCGCAGCGCCCAUGAGACCACCCGCUACUACCAGCUCUCGCUGCGCAGCUGCCGCCUGUCCCUGCAGGUGGAGGGCAAGCCACCCACGUCGGUCUUGGCCGCCGCGGAAGAUGGGCCCCCCUACUACCGUCUGGCCGAGGAGGAGGUGGCCAUGGGCCUGGGCAGCACGGGGGGCAGCGGGCCCUUCUUCCGAGAGGAGAAGGCCCCCGGCAUGCAGAGGGCCAUCGAUCAGCUGGACGACCUGAGCCUGCAGGAGGUGGGGCGUGGGCUCUGGGGCGAGACCCAUGCCAAUGUGGUCCCCGACGUGCUGGCCCCGCUCAAGGCCGCCGCUGUGGGCCGUCGGCUGCCCGAGUCCAGCCCUGAGCCCAUCCUGGCCUUCUAUGGCAGCCGCCUGGUGGGCCGCCACAAGAUCCGCAAGCCACCGGCCGGCUCCAAGUCCGACUCCAACUUCAGCAACCUGAUCCGGCUGAGCCAGGCCUCACCCGAGGACGACGCCCCAUGCAGGGCCAGCGGCUGGGCAGAAGGAGAGCGCCUUGGGGCCUCUGCCGAGCCACCUGUCAUCCCGCAGCGUGACGGGGAUGGGCCAGACAUCAAGGACAUGGCCAUGGAUGCUGAGAGUCCAGGCCCUGAGCUCUUCGACCCCAACAGCUGUCCUGGGGAAUGGCUGAGUGAGCCAGACUGGACGCUGGAGGGCCUCAGGGGGCCACGGGUUCAGGGGCUCCCCCCACGCCAUGCCCACCCACAUGGUCCACCCCGGGCUACCAGCUUUCUGCAGCACGUUGGCGGGCACCACUGAUGGGUGACCCCACCCCUGCCCAUCGCUGGGGGCUGCGCUGAUGGGGCUGGCAACCCCUUUCUCAGAGCCAUCCCCUGAACCGACAAAUUAUUCUUACAGAAAGAUAGUUAUCCAGAAAUUCCCCAUCCCCCCCCGCCGCCCAUGGUGCAUGUCUGCACACACACCCCGAACACAGAAGGGUUUUGGGGUCUGACCUGUGGCCCCCUGGGCCAGAGGUAUGCAAGAAGGGGGGGCUUCACCCCACUGGCCCUGAGCACACCCUUGGCCCUGCCGUCUGUUUAUUUCAAUAAAGAACUGUUAAGCA